AUGGCUACCUUGAGCGUGGUCAACGCCAGUGCGUGUCCUGCACACAUCGACACAAAGUCAGCCACAGUCACCGAAGCAGUAUGCCCGGUAUCCUCAGAGGACGACGACGAGAGCCUACCGGAUGGAGAAGAGGAACAAAUUGAUCAUUCCAAAUUGGUUCCCAUACCGUCACCACCCACCCAGAGCUACUAUGGACUGCUGGGACACUUGCCAGACUUGGAUYGCACGUGUGCAGUGCGAUCUUAUUGGCAAUUCAUGGACGAAUACUAUCCAAUCUUCUCUCUGCAGCUGGGCGUUGCUUUGCCUCGUGUCUUCGUAGGCAACCGUGAGCUUGUCGAUGAGAUGGCAGACGACAGUCGAUUCAUCAAAUACACCCACCGCUUGCAUCAGUUCAUGAGACCAGUCUUCGGCGAUGGUCUUUUCUCUGCAGAGUCGACUUCCAAAGCCUGGGGUAAGGCGCAUCGUCUGCUCAAACCAGCGCUGGGCCCGAUCGGUCUGAGCAAGAUGUUCGAUGAUAUGCAGGACAUCAGUGCGCAAUUAGUCCUGAAAUGGUAUCGAAUGGGUGACAGGGAGAUUGAAUGCAUCAAGGACAUGUCCAGCUUGACAUUCGAUACCAUCGGAUUGUGCGCUUACGGCUACCGCUUCAACGAGUUCUACUCCCCGGAUCCGCAUCCCUUCAACACGCAGCUGAAUGAGGCAAUCGUUGAAUCCGGAAGGCGCGCGAACAGACCUGAUCUCGUAAACCUUUUGUACUACAAGGAAGAGGCGCACCGACAAGAGAACAUUGUCAAGAUGCGAGCUUUAUGCAGCUCCAUUAUCCAAGAGCGAAUCGACAAUCCCAAACCGGACGCCAAGGAUCUUCUGAAUGUCAUGAUCAACGGUGUUGACAAGGAGACUGGCGAGCAGCUCGGUUUCGAAAACGUAAUGUAUCAGAUCCCGACUCUUCUUGGUGGUGGCUACGAAACGACGACUUCGACACUCUGCUUCAUCUACUACUUCAUGUGCAACAAGCCAGAAACUCUCCGCAAGGCACAGCAGGAGGUGGAUGAGGUGGUUGGUGAUGGGGUGCUGCAGUACGAUAUGGUCCGGAAUUUGAAAUACCUCGACGCGUGCAUGAAGGAGGCACUACGACUCCAACACCCCGUCAGUCUUCUGACGAGAUUUGCCGUAAAGGACACUGUGGUUGGCGGCAAGUAUCUCAUCAAGAAGGGUCAGAUGAUUUCUGGGAUCUGGCGCCACUUUCACCGCGAUCCGAAGGUAUGGGGCGAAGAUGCUGAUGAGUUCCGACCUGAGCGAAUGCUGGAUGUGAACUUCUCGACCUUGCCGGAGAACGCCUGGAAGCCAUUUGGGGAUGGAAUGCGUGCGUGCAUUGGACGUGGUUUCGCUGAGCAGGAAAUUCUCAUCAACAUGGCCAUGGUCUUCCAGAAGUUUGACAUUGAAAAAGUUGACCCAGACUACGAGCUGAAACUGAAGGGACAAAUGGGUGUCAAGCCGAUUGAUUUCUACAUCCGCGUCCGACCACGACCAGGCCGCGGUCUCAUGUUUGGUAUCCCUGGUGGGGUUCAAGCACAGCAAGAGAGCGCGGCCGCGACUCAGCAAAGCAAGAAGCAGCAGAGGACCUCACCUGAAGUCAGGCGAUCGAUAUCCGUCCUUUGGGGCGGUAAUAUGGGAACGACCGACGCUCUGGUUCAACAACUAACAAAGUAUGCUUCCGACUUUGGCCUCGAUUUGGAAGUUCAGGAGCUGGACGAUGCUGUGGAGAAGCUGUCCACUGACAAGCCGGUCGUCAUCAUUACUCCAUCCUACGAAGGAAGACCGCCUGACAAUGGCAAAAAGUUUGUGGCUUGGUUGGAGAAGCUUGCGGCCAAGAAGAGUAAAUUGCCACCGGGCACCAAGUAUGCCGUUUUCGGUGUGGGCAACAGCGACUGGGUACACACAUUCCAUCGGGUACCACGUCUGAUCGACGAUACAUUGGAAGCUCUUGGCUGCGAACGGAUCCUGGACGUUGACUUUGCCAAUGUGAAGCGUGAUCUCACUGGUCCAUGGGAGGCAUGGAGCGAGAAGUUGUGUCUGACUCUUUCAGGAACCACCAAACAGGAGCUGUCUGAAACCAUUGGAGUCGAUAUUGAGAUCGGAAGCAGCACAUCCGCCGCGCCUCAAUUACCUGAUGGCGAACAGAUGACCGUCGGCAUCAUCACUGCAUCGCGCGAGCUGGCAGAUGCGUCAGUCGGUGCCCCAAAACAUCACGUUGAGAUCCAGUUGCCAGAGGGAGGCGCCUACGAAUCUGGAGACUACCUCCUUAUCCAAGGUCGUAACCCGGACGAAACGGUCUCCCGAGUGAUGAAGCGGUUCAAACUCAGCUCCGGAGAUCUCAUGACCGUUCGCUCCAGCAAGAAGGACUUCCUUCCUGCACGCCCAGUCUCCAUUGAGCAUUUCCUGCGCAGCACAGUCGAGCUUGCGGCGCCCAUCACACAGCGACAGCUCUCCAUCUUGUCGACGUACGCGGGAGAAGGCAGUCAAGCUACAUCUCAACUUGCAGCAAUGUCCGAGGAAGCAGCAUAUCAACAACUCCUAGACAAACGAUACUCGAUCAUCGAUGUUCUGGAGGAACUCCCUGAGCUCACACUGCCCUUUGGUGUCUACAUCGAUCUACUCCUCCCGCUUGUUCCUCGCCCAUACUCCAUCUCAUCCUCUCCCAUCCACACAGCUGACGGGUCGAUUGCAAGCUUAACCUUCGAUGUCUUCGAAGGCCCAGCUACAAGCGGGCACGGUACAUUCCGAGGAGUCGCCAGUUCCCACCUCGCAAGUCGUUCCUUGGGAGACAGUGUGCAAUGUCUGGUGCGCCCAACCAAGCUUGCAUUCCGUCUACCCGCCGAUCCCAGCACCCCGAUCAUCAUGCAAGCAGCAGGCACAGGCAUUGCGCCCAUGCGAGCCUUUUUGCAGGAACGCGCAGCUCUGAAGAAGAAGAUGAAGAAGAAGAACCAGUCAGGGAUCCAGUUCGGGCCCGCGAUACUUUUCUUCGGAUGUCGCCAUCCCGAGAAAGACUUUCUUUACGGCCCCGAACUGGCUGCAUGGGAGAAGGAAGGUAUCGUUGAAGUCAUCCCAUGCUUUUCCAAGCCCGAUGACGGAGUAACAACGACAGGCAGAUAUGUUGCUGACGCUCUAUGGGAACAUCGCGAUUGCGUCUGGGAUCUCUUCAAUAGUGGUGCUCACGUAUAUACCUGUGGAAGCGCGGCCAGACUGGGUCGUAGUUCUGCCGCUACUUGGAGACGAGUGGUGAUGGAGAAGUUGGGCAAGACGGAGGCAGAGUCACACGAAUGGUUAGAUGAGAUGAGGAAAGACCGAUACAUUAGUGACGUUUGGUAG